GGCUCAUCCGGCUCCCCGCCAGGCCUCGCCCCGCUGCUGCUGCUGCUGCACGCGAGAGGCGCGGGGUGUUGCCGCACAAGAGCUGGGGCUGCACCAGUAUCCUGCUGGGACCAGCGCCGGAGGCUCCUGGCUAGAGGCAGGCAGUUUGGUUUCAUGUGAUCCAGUGCAGCAAGACCUGGGAGCACCAAGCCUGGGAGAAGCCUUUUAAACAGAGUUCAGAAUCAUUGGAACAGGACCAGCAGGAUGGGAAAUAGUGCCUUAAAAGCCCACCUGGAGACAGCCCAGAAAACUGGUGUUUUCCAGCUAACAGGAAAGGGACUCUCUGAGUUUCCUGAAGACCUGCAGAAGCUAGCAAGCAACUUGAGAACAAUAGAUUUGUCAAGCAACAAAAUUGAGAUCUUGACACCAGUGAUAGGAAAAUUUUCGGUUCUGAAAAGUCUUUCUCUAAACAACAACAAACUGACUGCUCUACCUGAGGAGCUGUGUAAACUGAAAAGGCUAGACACGUUGCAUCUGAAUGGCAAUCACCUGAGACAGCUGCCAGCUGGCUUUGGACAACUCUCAGCUCUCAAGACCCUGAGCCUUUCUGGAAAUCAGCUUCGGACUGUGCCCACCCAGUUGUGCAGUCUUCGUCAUUUGGAUGUGGUGGAUCUCUCCAAAAACCAGAUCCAGAGUGUGCCAGAUGCAGUAGGGGAACUGCAGGCCAUUGAACUCAAUUUGAAUCAGAACCAGAUUUCCCAGAUUUCUGUGCAGAUCUCUCACUGUCCACGGCUCAAGGUUCUGCGUUUAGAAGAGAACUGUCUAGAACUCAGCAUGCUUCCUCAGAGCAUCCUCAGUGAUUCCCAAAUCUCACUGCUCGCAGUUGAGGGCAAUCUUUUUGAAAUCAAGAAGCUCAGAGAACUGGAGGGCUAUGACAAGUAUAUGGAGCGGUUCACAGCUACGAAGAAGAAGUUUGCAUGAUAGUUUGCCAUUCUGGGUUUGUCACCAGAAAGAAAAAGGCAGCAAGUGAAGCAGUGUAAUCAGCAAUGCUGGCUGCCUGGCAGGAGAGGACUUCCAAGACUGGAGAUGAGACUGACCAUAUUAGCUUCACACUAAAAUGAUAGGUUGUUGCCAAGGAUGCUUCAAGCAAAUAUGGGCAUUGAACUGGUAAAUCUGCCUGAAGGCUGGUUUCCACUUCUGGGCUAUCAUAGCUUUCAGUUCACUUUAUUCUCCUUUUUCAGGGCACACAAUGACUUUAGCAGGAGAUAAGGGGAAUGCAAUUCUCACUGGUGGCUGAACUCAGGUGUUGGUCAUAAGCUUCUUUUUUACAACAAUUAUUCCCCUUUCAGGUGUUGCUUUAGGUUAGUUAAGCUACUUUUGUUGAAACACUCAUGUGGGAAUGAGCUGAAGUUCUAUUACCAACACAACUCCAAAAUGUCACACUUGCUGUAAAUGUCUACUAGUAUGGAUAAAGCUAACUUUAACAUGUCGUAACACUUAAAAUUGUGUACACUUUAUGAAGCACAAAGAGUUCAUGCAGUUAAUUUAUUUAAAGUAUUUUAUAUUAAUUGCUUUUUAAAAUCAAAUCAUGUCUCUGGCAUUAUUUUUUGUCAUUUAAACUGUUGUAGAGAUUCUCUUCUACCUGAUAGAAUUGCACUAUGGUUCUUUUCUUCUUAAGCAGUAUUUAAUGAUUACUCGACAAGUUCUCAAUAUCUUUAGUAAAAUAUACUUUGCCAGAAAAGUUGA